CGUGGGCGGCCGAACGUGUGUGGGGGGGCUGGAAGGGGGCCGCGAAAGGGCGACCACAACUUCACAAGCGCGCACACAGCAGCUCGGCGAGGAGGAGGCGAGCGAAGCGGCGCCGGCAUCUCAGACCACACGGCGCCUAACGGCACUCAUCCGAACCGCGCCCCUCCCCGGCUCCUCGGAACUCGGCAGCAGCAGCAGCAGCCGCCGCCGAAGUUUCCUCCUCCGUCUCUACGUCCCACGGCUGAGCUGCUUUUUUAGUUUGUUUUCUCAAACCGCGUCGCGCCCCGUCACAGACGCAACAAGUCACAACAACUUCCACCACAAUCGUGUGCGGCGCUUUUCGGACGGUGCGGUGCGCGAAGCGAAGCGAGCAACUCGAUCGGCGAGGGAAAAGUGAAUCAAAAAAAGUUCAUCGCUUCACACUCCACCAGCACCCAUUGUUCGUCCCAAAUGCUGCAGCUUACUACGGAACUGUGACACACGAUGUCAUCCCACAAGCCGUCUUUGGCAAUGGCAUCAUCAAGACGGUGCAUACACAUACUCUUCAUUAUCUCAUUGCUGGUCAUCACAUCACAAUCAGAGAGAACGAGGUCUGACGAGCGCCAUGCGCAAUACACUCGGCAGUAUACAGAAUCAGAUGAAGACGACUGGGACAGUGUUCAGCAACAAAGGGUUGUGGAAGACACUCUAGAUUUGGCUCAGCCUUCAGGACAGCGCCACGUUGGAGGCACUGGAGGUGACACCAGGCACACAUCGGAAGUUGAAGUGCAGAAAGUAUUCGAAGAGCGCAAACCAGGAUCGCACAACUUCACCGCUCAUCGUUACCGGCAGACACCUGAGGAAUCUGAAGAGGAGGACACAGACCAAUCACGCACAAAUUACACCCGUCGAGUGUACACUGUAUCUGCAUCAGGUACCAGGGGUCAUAUCGCAAGAACUGAUUCUGGUAGUAGGCACCGGACAGAAGAGGACCAAUCAGGAGGCCGUCGAGGCUCAGCACACUCUGAUGUAUGGUCCAGGAGAACAAGCACAGAUAAACCAGACGAAGCAGAUAGCAGCAGGCCCACUUAUAUCAGGCGCACCGAGUCAACAACACGACACCGAUGGUCAAGCCGUGGGGGCAGUGAGGAUGACACAAGUUUGUCAUCACAGUCUAGGCGGUACGGUUCCGCAGAAUCUUUAUCCGGCAGGCACCGAUGGUCAGCAACCACUGAGCAGCCAACACGUGAGACUACUUCAGUGUAUGAGGGUCGGCGGGCAUCAGUUGACCGGGCGACCUCGCAGCAAAGGUGGUCUGGUCAGUACAGCACAGAGAGGCCAGAGCGUCCCACCUACACGCACCACCGAUCCUCUCCGGAUCGCUCCUCAAGCAGACGGACCUGGUCAAGCCACUCGGCCACUGAAAGGACGAGUUGGUCGGCGAGUGAAAUCAGCUCCACAACCACUGACACUCCUGAGGUGGACAAGAGCGGAUCCACUUAUGUUCGGCAGCAGUACCAUUCGAUCACAGCAGGAAGUCACCAUGUCACGAGUGAUCGCCCAGAAACUUCCUCUGAAGCUUCACGCCGUGAACACUGGGCUGCAGGUGGUCGACACCGGGUUGAAGCAGCUGGCUAUGGCCGGGAAAGUGAUCGCGAUGGGUCAAGAAGAUGGUCAUCGCAGAGGGGGACAAGCGCAGAGGACACUGUGUCCCGAGGACAAGAAGAGAGACGGUGGAACUGGCGUGGCCACACGGCUCGUUUUGGUGAGCAUGGAAACACAACACACCGUGUAGAUGUCGGUUCGCGUACGCGGUUUCAGCCCACAGUUAUUGGUCCUCCAAGUCGCACUGAAUACGAUGGAACCUCGGUGCACCAAAGGCAUCGCGUGACAGCCUGGCGCAACACUACCAUUGUCCGUGGGGGGGAACCAACACACUGGUCUGAGGAUACGCAGAGGCGAUACGGUGGCCAUGAUGACGUCAGGAGAGGACAAGGCGAAGACACAACAUACACGAGAACAUCGUACACGAGGCGGAUCAAUGGAACUAUCUAUUACGGCGGAGGGCAGCAUUCAUCACGUUGGAUGUAUGGGAGAGAUAACAUAACAAGUGGCGGCUCAGUGACAUAUGGAUCUAGUCGUGCCAGUGGAACAUAUGGUGGUGUGGAAGGGCAGACCGAGCCGCCGUAUGUCCAACCACGACCCACGGAGACGCAUAGAGUCACUGGAGGUGUGGAUGACAUCGAAGACGACAGGCAUCCAUUGACUGUGCAAUCGCGAGCCUCCCACCAGCCGCAAGCCUGCGAAGAGUCGAGUUGCUACCCAGCAACGGGAAACCUCCUCAUCGGUAGGGAGGACAAGUUGUCGGCGUCAUCCACAUGCGGCCUGCGUGGUGUUGAGACUUACUGCAUCGUGAGCCACCUUAAAGAAAAGACCAAGUGCUUCCGAUGUGACUCAACCAAGAAAGGAAGGGACUACCAUGGCAUUGAAAACAUUGUCUCUAGGAUCGGCAAAAAGCGCAAGGGGUCAUGGUGGCAGUCCGAGAACGGCGUGCAGGCAGUGUCCAUUCGGCUGGACCUGGAAGCAGAGUUUCACUUCACACAUCUGAUCAUCACAUUCAAGACAUUUAGGCCAGCUGCCAUGCUCAUCGAACGGUCACAUGACAACGGGCACACAUGGAAGGUGUACCAAUACUUUGCGUACGACUGUAGUGACGCCUUCCCACACGUGCGGAAGGGGCAACGGCGAAACAUCACCGACGUGACAUGCGAGUCGCACUAUUCCAACGUCGAACCCUCUACCAACGGAGAGGUCAUCUUCCGUGUGCUGCCACCGCACAUCCACAUCGACGACCCGCACAGCCGGGACGUGCAAGACUUGCUCAAGAUGACCAACCUGCGCAUCAACUUCACCCGCCUGCACACUCUCGGUGACAAUCUGCUGGACUCGCGUCGGGAAAUCAAGCAGAAGUACUAUUACGCUGUCUAUGACAUGGUUGUUCGAGGCUCGUGCUCCUGCUAUGGCCAUGCUAGUCGCUGCAUACCAGAGGAAGGAGAGUCCUAUGCUGCACGAGAUGACAUGGUGUUUGGCAAGUGCCUGUGCACGCACCACACGAAAGGCCUUAACUGCGAAAGCUGCGAAGAUCUAUACAACGACCAGCCUUGGAAACCAGCAAGCGAGAGGGACCCGAAUCCAUGCAAACCCUGCAACUGCAACGGACACGCCAGCAAGUGCCACUUUGAUGCGGCCGUGUGGGAGCGUUCAGGACGCGUGAGUGGCGGCGUCUGUGACGAUUGCCAAGACAACACCAUGGGCCUCAACUGCGAGCAGUGCGUGCCAUUUUACUUCAAGGACCCUCAGCGCGACAUCAGCGAUCCCUAUGCCUGUCAACCUUGCGAUUGUGACCCCCGUGGUUCCUUGGACGAAGGCGUGUGCGACCCACAGGAUGACCUGACAUCGGGUCUUGUCGCUGGUCGUUGCCACUGCAAGAAAAAUGUCGAGUCCCGCCGAUGCGACCGCUGCAAGAAAGGUUUCUUCAACUUCCAGGCAGCUAACCCUGACGGCUGCGAGCCAUGCAGCUGCCAUGAGCUUGGAACAGUGGGCGACGGCUGCAAUGUCUACACAGGCGAAUGCACUUGCAAACGCAACGUCAUUGGCCGCGACUGCAACCAGUGCCUGCCGGAAUACUAUGGACUGAGUCACGACGAUGACGGUUGUAAGCCCUGCGACUGUGACCCUGGAGGCGCGUACGAGAACAGCUGCGAUGUCAUCACCGGCCAGUGUCGCUGUCGGCCCAGUGUCCAGGGACGCCGCUGUGACCAGCCAGACACUGGCUACUUCGUUGGCAACCUUGAUUUCAUGGUCCACGAAGCUGAACUGGCGAAGGCCAGCCCUGACUGCCAAGUUCUAGUACGAGAGCCUUAUAGUGACCGGGAAGCAUCAUGGACUGGUCUGGGCUUCAUGCAAGUCCAUCAGGACUCUUACCUGGAGUUUGACGUUCCCGAUAUACCCACAUCCAUGGACUACAACAUUGUCUUCCGUUACGAACCCAAGCUUCCUCAAGGCUGGGAAGAGGCUAUCGUGACCGUGGACAGACCGGGACCAGUUGAUCCCAAUGGGCCCUGUGCCAAUGCCAUUCCUCAGGACGACCGUCAAGUGAUUAGGUUCUCUGCAGGUGACCGUUACGCGGUUGUUGCUCCACCCGUCUGCUUGGAGAAGGGUAAGCAGUACAAAGUGCGAGUCACAUUCAAGCAAUACGACCGUGAGGUGGACACACCUUCAGCAUCGAUUCUAAUCGACUCGAUGGUGCUCAUGCCCGACAUAAACGCCAUCCCAUUCUUCCACGGAACUCCGGCAAACGAGUACAGAAGGGAGGAAUUCGAACGUUUUCGAUGCGGGCAGGCGUUCUACGCCGUACGAAGAGGGGGCACCCUUCCCGAAAUCUGCAAGAAGUACCUCUACAGCAUCGGCUUCUACGUCUUCCAAGGAGCGCAGGAUUGCAGGUGUGACCCACAGGGUUCUCACAGCAGCGUGUGCAGCACACUGGGUGGUCAGUGCCAGUGCAAGACGAAUGUGGUGGGUCGCAGCUGCGACCGCUGUGCACCUGGAACCUACGGUUUUGGCCCUGGAGGCUGCCGACCGUGCGACUGCAAUGGAAUUGGUUCCCUGGACAACUUCUGCGAUGCCCAGACGGGCCAGUGCAAAUGCCGGCCUAACACGUACGGCCGACAGUGUGACGAAUGCCAGCCUGGCUACUGGAACUACCCCAACUGCCAGCGCUGCGACUGCAACGGUCACGCAGACACGUGCGACUCAAGGACAGGUCACUGCAUCCAGUGUCGGGACUUCACGUCAGGGCCCCACUGCGACAGGUGUGAGGUCGGUUACUACGGAGACCCUCGCUACGGAGUGGACAUUCCCUGCCGCCCGUGCCCAUGCCCGGGCACUGCGGACAGUGGUGUCAACCACGCCACUAGCUGUGACUUGGACCCACGCACUGGCAAUGUUAUCUGUCACUGUGCGCAAGGAUAUGUAGGUGAAAGGUGCGACCGGUGUGCCAACAACUAUUACGGUGAACCCAACGUUCCCGGCGGUUCCUGUCGGCGAUGCGAAUGCAGCGGCAAUGUUGAUGAGACCCAGCCGGGCAACUGUGACUCACGCACGGGAGUCUGUAUGCGCUGUUUGUACAACACCGAAGGUCCCCACUGUGAACGCUGCAAGCCAGGUCACUUCGGAAAUGCCUCACUCCAGCAAUGCUAUGAGUGUGUGUGCAACCUUCUUGGCCUAGACCCCAACCAAGGAUACUGCGACCCCGUGACUGGCCAGUGCCCAUGCCUGCCGAAUGUAGAAGGCAUCUCUUGCGAUCGCUGUGCUCCCAACUACUGGAAAAUUGCCAGCGGUGAAGGCUGCGAGGCAUGUGGUUGCGACCCCCUUGGCUCCUACGACCUGAAGUGCAACGAGUUUGAUGGCCAGUGUCCGUGCAAGCCAGGCCAUGGUGGGCGACAGUGCAAUCAGUGCCAGGACAAUCACUGGGGUGACCCACGUGUCCGAUGCUAUCCGUGCGAGUGCAACGUGCCUGGAGCAGCCACCAGCCAGUGCCACCGGAACAACGGCAGCUGCGUUUGCAUUCCGGGAGUGGCUGGCGACCGCUGCCAGCAGUGCGCUCGUGGCUUCACGGGACAGGCGCCGUACUGCAACUCUUGCGGGGAGUGCUUCGACAACUGGGACCGUAUCAUCCAAGAGCUGCGUGAGGAGACCCAGAACAUGAUAAACUCGGCACGGCAAAUCAAGCAGCAGGGUACCACUGGCGUUUACACGCGCGAGUUCCAAGAGAUGGAAGAAAAGCUACAUGAAGUGGAAGAAAUCUUGAGCGGUGCCAACAUGACUGGUCUGGACCUUUUGGACCGCCAGUCACUCAUUGAAGAGAUCCGGCGCAACUUGACUGAAAGUCAAAUACAACUUGAGGAAAUUGGAGACCGGUCAGGAAAUGUGACACAGCGCUCCUUCGCCACCAACCUGAUGCUCGCAAGUCUCCAUGAGCGAGCACAAGAACUAGGAAGAGAUGCCAAGGCUUUGCGCGAGAACACCACAGCACUGCAGGAGGCCAAUGUCGAAGGAGCACUAAACAUCACAAGGGAAGCCCAAAAGAGGUCCCAGUUAGCCGAGGGACGAGUCCGGGGAGCACAAGACGACAUCACCAAGUCGCAGGCCACACGCCGUUACGUUGACCGAAAACUGCAAGACACGGCCAGCGAAUACAAUCGCACGUACCAGGAGAAUGAGAAUGCCUUGCGUAAACUGCAGCAAGAGGUGGCCGACUUGGAAGAUCAAAUCUCCGAUGUCAACGAGCUUGUCUGCUAUCGACGAGGAACGGUGGAUCGUUGUGAUUCGCUCUGUGGAGGUGCAGGAUGCAACCACUGUGGCGGACUAGGCUGCGAGGAAGGCGCUCUCACUCGUGCUAACAACACGCUCACCAUGGCCGUCGAUGCCAACCAGAUUCUUGGGAAGAAAGAAGCGGAAGCCAGAGAUCUCUUCAAUGCGGUUGGUUCAGCGGAAAAGGAAUCUCAACGGGCCCUUGAAGAAGCGAAGAAGGCUUUUGCACGCUCCCAGAUGGCAAAGAAUCAGUCAGAAGAAGUCGGCACCGACCUGCAGGACUUGCUAGACCGUAUUGACAAGUUUCUGAGUGAAGUCGGAGCGAGACCAGCUGAAAUUCGAGUCCUCGCUGAAGAGUGUAUUGGUCUGUCCAUCUCGCUGGAACCUGAACAAAUUCGAGAGCUGGCAAAGGAAAUUAAUGACACCAUAGCUAGCCUGACUGACAUCGAUGCCAUCUUGAGAGAAACCGGGGAUGAUCUCAGGCUUGCAAAGGACCUCAAGGCUCAGGCAGAUCGUGCAAGGACAAUGGCAAACAAGAUUUUGGACACCGCCAAGGAGGUCUUGCAAAACCUGGACGAUGCUGCUGAAGCCCAAGGCAGGGCCAAGCAGGCGAUCGAUCAGGCCCGACAGCACAUCAAUACAGCCGAGGAAGAUCUUGCUCAGAUCGAGGAAGCCGCCUACAAAGCGCAAGGUGUGGCCAACCGGUCUCUGGACCAGGUCGGAGGACUGCAGGAUCGACUGGCAGAGCUCAAGAAGCAGUACACCCAGAACAACCUGGACGCUCGCAAGGCCGUCAACGAAGCAAAGGGGGCCGACCGUCUGGCGGGACAGGCGCACACUGAAGCUGAGGAUUUAGAAGCAGAGUACAAGAGGGCUGUAGCAGACUUGGGCGGCAAGUCUGCAGCCAGCGGAGACAUGAAGGACAGGGCUGAGAAGCUGCGAGAGCGAGCCCGGAAGCUAGCCGAAGGUGUCAACUCCAAGGCCCAACAACUGCAAGGCAUGGAGGACGAAUUUGACGAGAAUGAGCAACGGCUGAAGGACUACUCCAGCAUCUUGGACCAGCUCAAUCGAGAAAUGAUGGGUCAUCUGGCGCACAUCGAUGAGCGGUCCGCUCACUAUCGCAACUGUCAGAACUAACUAACGACACUGGGUGACUUAGCCUCCCGGGGUGUGCCACGUACACGUCGUGUGCCGCGCACUGGUUGGCUCUGUUCAUCAGAAGCACAGCAUGAGGCAGCAUAGUACUUGGCUUUCAAGGAAGGGUACAGACGGAUAGUGAGCCUUUUUUCCAUCGGCAGUGAUGCCACCACAUCGGCGAUCAACUACAAAACUAAGCAGAGAUAGCUGCAACAGUGACGUGCGUUAUGGCAUUUUCAUUUUCGUGCUCACUCCACACAAGAUAAAAUGAUCGACCAUUGAACUCUGCGAUUGUAACUAUUAACCAGGCGAAUGCAUUAAAUUAAUGGGACGUUACAUUGUACCGCCACAUUAAUGCAAACGUGUGGAUUCACAUAGUAGUUGUGCAUUUGCAUCACUUUUUGCAAGGUUUAUUUUUUUAUAAGUUCAGCAAGUGGCCUUCUGCGGAGAUUCAUACAGGCAUGCUCUGCCUUUGGGAAAGAGGCUCAUUUUCGAACAUUGGUAGCAGCCAUUCAGGUAGAAUGUGCUUGUUUGCUUCUACCUUGCCCAGUGAAUGCUUGGAUGACCAGACCAGUUGUUUGUGAGCUGGGCUGAAAAACAACUGAACAGCUGAAGGCCCUCUUCAACAUGAGGACAUUGCUGCAUGCAUGAGCGCAGCUUUCUUUGAAGGGAAGUGCGAAGGACAAAAGAAAAUUCACUAAUGUGUUUUUCCAGCAGGUUGUCUGUACUCUUUAAUGCGAGUGCGUUUGGUCUGUCUCAGAACUCUGCUGCCAAUCAUCAGAAAAAGGUGUGCGUGUGGGUAACAAGAAAAUGCUGGAAGUGCAGAAGGGCUGACCAAAUCUGUGACAGCUUUAUUUUUUUUUUAUGCCUAGAAAAUAGCAAUGGGUAACAAGAAAAUGCUGGAAAGUGCAGAAGGGCUGACCAAAUCUGUGACAGCUUUAUUUUUUUUUUUAUGCCUAGAAAAUAGCAAAAUUUAUGCUCACGCAACCACCCAAUUGACUGGUAGGUUGUGCAAACCCUGCAAGGCAACUGUUCUGUCGGUGAUUUUGUCUCAUAGCUUACAAUGUGGUAAUGUUUCGCAGCUGCGACACCAAGAUCCUUUAUGAUGAUGGCCGUCGCAUUGCUCUAGAAAAAAAAUAUACAUUUGUGGCAAAUUAGUGAGAUGACAGAAUAUGCAUUUCCCUUGCUUUUUUUCAAGUGCUUAAAAAUUGAGGGAAUAUUAGAAACAAUCUCAUCCGAGCCAAUAGAAAAUGAAGGUAGUGCAUAUAGCCACAUAGACAUGCUUUCAUGCUCAUUUUUCUCACUUAAAUCUCGGUGAUACAGCCCAGCUGGUUUUCCUUAACUCACUGCCAAUGAACCGACUAAUUCACCUGCCACAAGGGUGUGAAAGGAUGGCUUCGGAGUGAGCACCGAUUACCAACCCGUUUCUAAGUGCCUACUCUGCCGUUUGCUAAGCAUAAAGCUAAGUACAGCUGUCCACCUCACUCUCAUAUAUGUGUAUUUAAUGAAGCAAACCAACCUACAUAAUCAAAAUGUAUACUCAUAAUGGUGGAAAGGAAUCAACGGAAGAAAAAAAAAUGGAAAAAGACAAAAAAAAAAAGACACAAACUUAGAUGCUUCGUGUGUUGUACUCGGUCAUGCGUAUCACAGUUUGUGAAGAGUCCUGCCACGAAAAUAUGUGUAAAUUUGCAUACACGUUUUAAAGAUGAGGUUUCUUUCACGCAGUACCGGAGCAGUGCAAUCUUUUUUGUUUUUUCCCUUGUUGUGCAACUUUUCUUGUGUUUGUUGCGGAGAUAUUGCGCAACCUUACGGCACACUCAACUGAUUGCUUUAGAGCGCUCUCAUGGCAUGCUUUGCGUUCGGCUGGUUCACUCAGAGUACUCGGAGUCGCUUUCACCUUGUAGCUGAGAGCAUCAACGAGUAUUUGCAAAAGUGAUCCCGAAAGUGAAAGUAUUUUCGCAAGUGAUCAAUCAUGAAUACAUCCCCAAGGGUGACCAGUUUCGCUUAUCGUAAACAGAUUCCGACUUGUUUUUGCAAAAUCACUUGUGAAAUCCUCUGUUCGCUUGUCAUGGUUUUUUGGGACAUGCUGCAAGUUCACACAGCCCACUAGUAAAAUGUGGCAACUUGGAUGUGUAUUGUUUCACGAGUUUCUUCACCCAGUUAAAUUUGUAGAUAGCCAGGCUGGUACGCUCAUUUAGAUAGCAAGUCUUGUCAUAAAUUGGAAAGGCAGCCUAAAUCUAUCACCAUCAGUGCCUAGCUCAAUUUAGUAUUGUAAUCAAUAAUGGUGACCAAUGUCUUGACUGUACUUUCACAUUUAUAUCAAAAUGCAUUUAUCUUCCAAAGUGUGCUUGGUAAUGCAAUUUACAAAGUAAUUUUUUUUUUGCAUACAAGCAACAUUUUUUAGUAGAUAUUUCAAAUGACACAUUAUCCUUGUUUCAGGCCAUUUUAUAGAAAGAAAAAAAAACAGUUCGAUUUACUUCUUGCGAGGGAGCUCAGCCAGGCCCAAUCUCAUUCGGUCACCCUGAACACCAGCUGAUCAUUAAAUCAAUUGAUCACAGCUGGUCAGCACAGAGGGCUGAAGGGCUUUUGAGUGAAGGGUUACUGUCAGUGCAGGAAAAACUUUUUCCAUAGAUACCAUGUAAAAAGUUGUUCGCAAUACGCAAUAAACAAUACCACGGUCAGCUGACAGAUCUAAAGCACAAGAACAGAUUAAAAGUAGCACACUGGAUGUUUUUUCCUUAUUCUCCUUUAGUCCGUUUAGUGGAGUGCUGUAUAGCGAAGUGUAUGUUUUUUUUUUUUUCUCACAGUGGAAGGCUCUCACAUGUGCCAGUACCACUGCCACUCACUUGCACUUAGCUCACAUGUUUUCGUCCAUGCUGCACAUGUAUGUGCAUGCUUGCAAGUGUUGGAGAACCCUUCAUUAUGUCCUAUUGACUCCUAUUUAAUGCUUUAGUGUGCUUGUGUGUUUGUCCUUUUUUUUUUUUGUACUUCAUGGUUCUAUUUCCUGUUUGAGUGCCGUGCAUAUUUCCAAAAAAAAAAAAUGAAAAGAUAGAUAGUUGUGUGCACAAAUGUGCAAAUUAUUGCUGUGUGCCAUGAGCCAGUGUGAAUACCCUCUUUCACAGCCAAAACACUGCACUGGUCAGAAAAAAAAAAAAAAAGUGCCUUUUGUUUGUUGACAACCCAUAUUUGUUGGAAUAAAAGAAUGUGUGCCAAAACUAUGCAGACGCUGUGCAACUCA